AACACAAGGGAGAACGCAAAAUUAUUAAAAAUUUAAACGACGCCAUUUUAGGAAGAAAAACUAAGGUACAUCGACAACCGAGACGAUCCAAAGAAUCAAAUCCAUCAGAUUCAGAUCCCAAAAAUGGAAGAUUUUUGGAAGCGCGCCAAGUCCUUCGCGGAAGAAACGGCGAAGAAAUCUCAGACCCUAACAAUGCCAAACAAAAUCGCGGAUCUAGUCGCCGAAACCGCCAAGAAGUCCAAGGAGCUUGCUCUUGAAGCCUCCAAGAAAGCCGAUGAGCUUGCUCUUGAAGCUUCCAAAAAGGCCGAUGAGCUCAAAGUCGCCGCUCUCAAACAAGCCGAUCAAAUCCAACUCCAAAGCCAAAGUCUCUCCAAGACCAUUUCCGACAUUAUCCCUCCUCAACUCUCCUCCCUCUCCAUUGCCUCCUCGGAUCCUCCACCCAUCUCCGAUUCGGAGCUUCGGAAGUUCGGUCUCACUGAUGAUUUGAGAGACUUUGUUAGAAAUUUUACUUCUAGUACUUUCCAGAGCUUCCCUUUCCCUGUACAAGAUGAACCUGACGCGACUACUACGGGGACCAAUGUACGGAAGGAUCUGAAUGAAUGGCAAGAGAGGCAUGCCACUAUUGUUCUUACUACUGUUAAGGAAAUCAAGAAAUUAAGAUAUGAACUGUGUCCACGUGUGAUGAAAGAAAGAAAAUUUUGGAGGAUAUAUUUCACUCUAGUUAGCACUCAUGUUGGCUCCUAUGAGCAGCAGUACAUGGAGGAAGUUAAACAGAGAGCAAAGCAGGAGGAGGCAAAGGAGGAUGAACCAAAGCAAACACCUGUACUUACGACAGAGCAAUCAGAAACUAGUCUGAAAAGUAAAACUUCGAAUGCAUCUGCCGAGCAAGAUUUGGAUACAUUUUUGUUGGGAGAUUUUGAUGAUAACGAUGCUGGUGGUGGAGAUGAUGGUGAUGGUGAUGGUGAUGGUGAUGGUGAUGGGAGCUUUGGUGAUGAUUUUGACAAGAUUGAAAAUUCUGAUGUUGAAGAUGAAAAGAAGCGAGGAGAAGGAACUAAAGCUUAGAGUUGCAGUUAAUAUUGGAGCAAAUAUUGAAACAUAGCUGCUACGUGGAGAAAAAGACUGCAGAGUGUAUGUCUGGUUUAUACAAGAUACAUGAUUUACUAUUUGUUAGUGCUAUCACCAUUGUUUGCCUUGUAAAAAGGAUCUCAUUCUAUUAAUCAAAAUAUUCAUGUUAAUGCUUUUGAA